UGAGGAGAGAAGAGCCAAGCAGCUUGUGCAGGAGCCCCUGCUGGGGCAGCUGGCGGUGACCAUCAGUGGUCAGAAAGACCCAGGCAAUGCCCAUGGAGGAAUCUCAGAGUGUCACCAUCGAUUACAUAAGUGUAGCUGCUGCUGCCUCUAGCAUCCAGUUGCAGGAUGAGGAAAAGGAGGCCCACGACUACAUCAUGGACUUUGUCAAAAGCACCAGAAGGGAUCAGGACUCAAAGAUGAAGUUUCUGGCCUCCAUCGACAUGCUCUGCAGAGCCUCAGUGCAAGGAAGGUACCAGAGCCCAACAUCCCAUGAGCUGCUGAGUAAACUGGAGGCACUAAUGCAAAACGAGACCUUCGACAGCAUGGACACCAUGAUGUGGCAGCAAGCCCUGCUUGCCAUCGCUGCACUGAGCAAAUACAGGGAAAGUGUGCUGUAUAACCACCUCUGCAAAUACAUAGGUGACACCUUCAGUUUUGUUGCAAGCGAGACGAUCAGCCAGUGUACUCCAUUCUACUACCAGAUCCUGAAAACCCUUGACAGUGUGCUGGAGGCGCUGAUACAUGGUGCUUCACAGAAAUCCUGCAUCUUCAUAACAGAGAAAAUACUGCAGGUUCUGCUGCCCAUCACGGCAUCUGAGGACGUGGCUAAGCGCCGAAAGGCUGUAGGGUGGAUUGUACGCCUCACCUACUUUUUAUCGUCCUCUUCAAUGCUGGAGCACUUCAAUGCAGAAUACGGCAUGCGGCGCUUCUCCAGAAACAAGCCUCUGGAUUUCCUAGGGCACGCAGUGGGGUACCUUGCCCUGUCCUGUGCUGAGGAGGACCAGGAGAUAGCUGCGGGGCUUUCCAGGCACUGUGUAACUUCAAGAGGUUCCUUCUGGUGCGACAGAGCUACUGUGGCGAAACGUGAGGAUACAGAGAUGCCUCUGGAGCGGGAAGUUGUUAACAGCUUGUGGCCUAUGGAGCUCAAUGAUGAAAUGGCGGAACCUGGGAACUUCUUACUCCCUUCCGAGAGGUACAACGUAGUCCUCACAGUUUUGAGCAACAUGACACAAGAAAGAGUCUCUAACACCCAGGUGAUUGCCAACACGCUGAAGACAGCCUUGAUGUGCUUGAAGCUGACCAAGGUGGAUGACUACAUGCAGAUCAUCUAUAGGCAGCUGAUGCUUGUUACCAGAAGGUCGCUGGGGACAUCCUGA